AUGGCUAGAAACUUACAAUCGCAGCUUAAAACUCUGCAAAAACGUGAACGACAAAUAGUGCUUAUGCUGGACAGUGUCGAUCGGUUUUUGCAACACUAUAAUUCUGAACAUGAUGAGUGUCAAUUAACUUCAAGGAUUCAAGCUUUGGAUCCAGUGUACAGUGAGUUUUACGAAGUGCGUGGAAAAAUAGAGAUUGCUUUGGAAGAGGCCGAUGAAAAGCUGGACAAGGAUUUGGAAGAGGACACUAAAAAGGAAGCAGAAAAGCAACGACAGGAUGAGAACGAAAGGAUUUUGCUGGAGUUUGAGGAUCGAUUUUUCGAGUUGAAGGGAAUGCUCAUGAAACUUCAAUCGUCGAAAGCAUCUCAGCCAAACGACGAGUCGAGAUUCAGCCAAGAUCGGUCCGCCCCAUUUUCGCGUGUCAAGCUUCCAGAGAUUCGACUUCCAACCUUCAACGGAAAGAUCAAGGAAUGGGUGACGUUCAGAGAUAGCUUUCGGAGUCUCAUUCAUUGCAAUCCUCAGCUAGGAUCUACGGAGAAGUUCACGUAUCUCAGGUCUGCCGUCACAGGUGAUGCGUUGAAGGAUAUCGCAUCCAUUGAACUCACCGAUGCCAACUAUGAUGUCGCUUGGGAUAUUUUGGAGGAGCGUUACGAGAAUCGUAAGCUCAUUGUGAAGGCUUACCUGGACGCUUUAUUCGCUUUAGAACCACUGAAGAAAGAAGGCUACGACGGGCUGAAUAAUCUGAUCACCGAGUUCGAGAAGAAUCUUCAGAUGUUGCAGAAGGUCGAUGAAGAAACCGAAGGCUGGAGUACAAUCCUGAGCUACAUGCUGAGCGGAAUAAGAUAA